CUCUAGCUGCGAUCAUGCGCUGGUAUUUGUUUUUCGCCUCUGUCGCUUUCGUCUCUGCGAUUGCUCGGGACUCGACUGCGCUGGACGACGCAAAGUCCGAGAAUCUUUGCGAGUUGUGCUUCUGCUCUGCCAGGACAUUGAGAUGCGACUUCAGACAUAACCGAACGCUAUCGCGCAUAUUUGACAGCAAGUACUAUGUGCCAGCCCAUAUAACAAGCUUCUAUGUGGAUCUGGCUAAGAAUACAGAAUUCGAGGUGCACAAUGGCCUCUUUCGACAGAAUCGUGUCAAUAUGCUAAUGAUCGAGGGGCACAAUGACAGCAAUCAAGUGGAGUUAACGGCAAAUUUUCUAGGUGGAAAUCAGGCUGGCUAUCCCGAUGUGCAGAUACAUGGUGUGGGUCACUCAUUUCUACGCCCCGAAGCUUUCUCAAAUGGCGAGAGCAAAUUGAAUAUCGAGCACAAUGAAUACGUAGUAUUAUACCCGAACUGUUUCAAGAACAUGAACAUGUCGUGCACAUUGACGAACAUCAAGAAUUUAGAGAUCAACGAAAACUACAAUCCCAGCACAGAUCGCAGCUCCAACACAAAAUUAAUUAUCGUAAACUCGCACAUCAACCAGCUCAACAGGAUUGAUGCAUCCAUCAAUAAAAUAAGCUUUACAAACUGCACGAUUGACCACAUUCAGAGCAACGCGCUGGAUGUGACCAACGUGAAGCAGAUCCAAUUCGAUAGCAGUCGGAUCGGCACGAUCGAACCGAUGGCCAUUCCAAGCAAACUGCUCAGUGACUCAAUCUCUUUCAUUGGGAAUCAGAUCGGUACAAUCAAAAGCAAGGCUAUUAUGGGCAGUGGAACGGCAGUAUUUUCGUUGUCUAACAACACCAUCGACCAAAUAAUGGAGGAUGGUAUGAUAGUGAAUUGUGUGGACGCUGUCAUAGUGGGCAAUCGGUUUGGGCAUGUGGAAAAGAAUUGGAUCAUCAUGGACAACUACUGGUCGCUUUAUAUGGAUGGCAAUCAUUUCGAAAACUUUCCGCCCAUCCAGUUGAGCGGGAAUCACAACCGGCGCACGAACUGUACGUUCGUCAACAAUUUCAUUAAGAAUCCACAGCCGAGUAGUCUCAACUUCGACUGUGCGGUGCGUGCCACAAGUGUGGAUCAUAGCUGCGGCUGCGAUGAUUUGCACCAGUUUAUGCCUACACUAACCGAGCACGAUAUUGGUGCGGAACUAUAUUGUAAGCUGCCCGAACGGCUCGCGAGCUGUUUUAAAGCCAGUCAAAUGCAUAUGAGACGCUAUGAGAAUGAGGUCUGUGUGAGGAAUCAGACCGCCUUGACGUGCCAUGAUGGCACCAAAUUGGAGUGCCACGAGGAUGGCUGCUUCACGAAGGAGGAACUUGAAGAGCGGCGCAGGGGCUUCCCAAUCCUCGCGAUCCUAGCAAUUGCUGCUGCAGUAGGUCUACCAGUCUUGGGAGCUAUUUUUGGAAUUAUCUGGUGCUGUACAUGUCAAAAAAGCAAGAGGAAGCAAUACUGUAGCUUCACCCCCGAACAUCGGGAAAAACUUCAACAAGAAAUAGACCGUUUACCGUAUAAGGAGAAGAAAAAACUCAAGAAUAUUAUCAGCAGUAAGAACUCAGUCAAGCAAUGCCAUGAUCUAAUUAUCGAAUUAUUGAAUCUACCGACGCUCUCAAACGAUGUAGAGCAUAUACUCAGCAAUCAUCUAAAAAAUAUCCAUAAUGCAAUGCGGCCCACUGCUCCGGCAGUGAUCAACAACGAAACUAACAAUGUUCCAUUGUUGUAUUCAUUGCCAUCCGAUACAACGGAGUCGCACGUGUACGCAUAUCCCGUCAACACAGCCAAUGUUUUUGACGACGACAUGCCACCCGCCUACGCGGCCGUUGAUGAGGUCGAGUAUGCCGUGCCCCACUGUUUGCCACUGCCUCCAUCCCAACAGCAACAACAGCUGCCGUCCACAAGCAAUGCUACCUAUGCCACGCCUGUUUUGCAUCCGCCCAUUCGUAAGACACCCGUAGUGCCGCCAGAGGUGCCACAGAGACAGAUGUGGGCUCCCAAUCAACUGAUCUCGGCGCGUAAUAAGAGCCAGCAACAGCCAGCACGCCACAACAACAACAGCAAUAACAACAAUAAUAAUAGCAGCAGCAACACUAGACAGCAAACCUUCCAAUAUUGGGAUGGGGCCGCCAGCCUGGCGGCAAUGGAGCAUAUGGAUAUGAGAGGCGCUGCUGCCUUACCGCCGGACACGAAUUCCGAUCAUUCCGGCGGAAGCGAUGAGACUGUCAAAAUCGAUGAUAUUGCUUACGCUGAUGCAUAAUUAUUUUCAAA